AUCCGACCCAAAUAAUUGAUCUCACCGUACGUUCUGGAGCACUGAACAACACAGAUUUGAUCAACAGAGUUUUUGAGCGUCUGAAUCAAGGCGAUGCUAUGCAGAAUGUUGAGGAGUUCUUGGUGGCUCUGGCCAACAGCUCAGGGGCCCCAGAAAUCAAUCCUGUGGUGAGGGACAUCAUGAUGAAUCGGACAUUCAGCGUCAUCAGUGCUCAUUUCCCAGGCUUUUCCAGAGCUGAGUGGAGCGACUGGUUCCAGUGGAAACUUGUCCCGCUGCUCCCCAGUCUGACUGCAGAGAUGCUAACAAUCGCAACAGCAGAGGUGGACUGCGACGUUUACCAAGUGAUUGUCGAAGGGCUGGACCUGGUGUUUGAGCGAACCACUUUGAUCAGGAAGCAGGAGAUCACAGGUGUUCUGGUAGAGUACCUGAAGGGUUCUGGACAAGUCAACGGCUCAGGUAAGUUCCUUCACGCACCAAUUCCUUGCCGCACGUGCUGUCAUAUCUUGAUAUCCAGGGAUGAAGAACUGAGACUCCUAAAUCCGACCCAAAUAAUUGAUCUCACCGUACGUUCUGGAGCACUGAACAACACAGAUUUGAUCAACAGAGUUUUUGAGCGUCUGAAUCAAGGCGAUGCUAUGCAGAAUGUUGAGGAGUUCUUGGUGGCUCUGGCCAACAGCUCAGGGGCCCCAGAAAUCAAUCCUGUGGUGAGGGACAUCAUGAUGAAUCGGACAUUCAGCGUCAUCAGUGCUCAUUUCCCAGGCUUUUCCAGAGCUGAGUGGAGCGACUGGUUCCAGUGGAAACUUGUCCCGCUGCUCCCCAGUCUGACUGCAGAGAUGCUAACAAUCGCAACAGCAGAGGUGGACUGCGACGUUUACCAAGUGAUUGUCGAAGGGCUGGACCUGGUGUUUGAGCGAACCACUUUGAUCAGGAAGCAGGAGAUCACAGGUGUUCUGGUAGAGUACCUGAAGGGUUCUGGACAAGUCAACGGCUCAGGCUCGUCUUGCGGAUCUGGCACCAACAGCGCCGGGGCCUGGCUUAGGGCCAACUUUGGCAGAUACUCCGUCUAUGUGACUCUGGCAGAGCUGAAGUCGCUCAACGAUUAUUUCUCUAGUUUUGCAUCACUGGAACUCUUGACUCCGUCUCAAGCAGCUGAUCUCACCGUACGUUCUGGAGCACUGAACAACACAGAUUUGAUCAACAGAGUUUUUGAGCGUCUGAAUCAAGGCGAUGCUAUGCAGAAUGUUGAGGAGUUCUUGGUGGCUCUGGCCAACAGCUCAGGGGCCCCAGAAAUCAAUCCUGUGGUGAGGGACAUCAUGAUGAAUCGGACAUUCAGCGUCAUCAGUGCUCAUUUCCCAGGCUUUUCCAGAGCUGAGUGGAGCGACUGGUUCCAGUGGAAACUUGUCCCGCUGCUCCCCAGUCUGACUGCAGAGAUGCUAACAAUCGCAACAGCAGAGGUGGACUGCGACGUUUACCAAGUGAUUGUCGAAGGGCUGGACCUGGUGUUUGAGCGAACCACUUUGAUCAGGAAGCAGGAGAUCACAGGUGUUCUGGUAGAGUACCUGAAGGGUUCUGGACAAGUCAACGGCUCAGGCUCGUCUUGCGGAUCUGGCACCAACAGCGCCGGGGCCUGGCUUAGGGCCAACUUUGGCAGAUACUCCGUCUAUGUGACUCUGGCAGAGCUGAAGACGCUCAACGAUUAUUUCUCUAGUUUUGCAUCACUGGAACUCUUGACUCCGUCUCAAGCAGCUGAUCUCACCGUACGUUCUGGAGCACUGAACAACACAGAUUUGAUCAACAGAGUUUUUGAGCGUCUGAAUCAAGGCGAUGCUAUGCAGAAUGUUGAGGAGUUCUUGGUGGCUCUGGCCAACAGCUCAGGGGCCCCAGAAAUCAAUCCUGUGGUGAGGGACAUCAUGAUGAAUCGGACAUUCAGCGUCAUCAGUGCUCAUUUCCCAGGCUUUUCCAGAGCUGAGUGGAGCGACUGGUUCCAGUGGAAACUUGUCCCGCUGCUCCCCAGUCUGACUGCAGAGAUGCUAACAAUCGCAACAGCAGAGGUGGACUGCGACGUUUACCAAGUGAUUGUCGAAGGGCUGGACCUGGUGUUUGAGCGAACCACUUUGAUCAGGAAGCAGGAGAUCACAGGUGUUCUGGUAGAGUACCUGAAGGGUUCUGGACAAGUCAACGGCUCAGGCUCGUCUUGCGGAUCUGGCACCAACAGCGCCGGGGCCUGGCUUAGGGCCAACUUUGGCAGAUACUCCGUCUAUGUGACUCUGGCAGAGCUGAAGUCGCUCAACGAUUAUUUCUCUAGUUUUGCAUCACUGGAACUCUUGACUCCGUCUCAAGCAGCUGAUCUCACCGUACGUUCUGGAGCACUGAACAACACAGAUUUGAUCAACAGAGUUUUUGAGCGUCUGAAUCAAGGCGAUGCUAUGCAGAAUGUUGAGGAGUUCUUGGUGGCUCUGGCCAACAGCUCAGGGGCCCCAGAAAUCAAUCCUGUGGUGAGGGACAUCAUGAUGAAUCGGACAUUCAGCGUCAUCAGUGCUCAUUUCCCAGGCUUUUCCAGAGCUGAGUGGAGCGACUGGUUCCAGUGGAAACUUGUCCCGCUGCUCCCCAGUCUGACUGCAGAGAUGCUAACAAUCGCAACAGCAGAGGUGGACUGCGACGUUUACCAAGUGAUUGUCGAAGGGCUGGACCUGGUGUUUGAGCGAACCACUUUGAUCAGGAAGCAGGAGAUCACAGGUGUUCUGGUAGAGUACCUGAAGGGUUCUGGACAAGUCAACGGCUCAGGCUCGUCUUGCGGAUCUGGCACCAACAGCGCCGGGGCCUGGCUUAGGGCCAACUUUGGCAGAUACUCCGUCUAUGUGACUCUGGCAGAGCUGAAGUCGCUCAACGAUUAUUUCUCUAGUUUUGCAUCACUGGAACUCUUGACUCCGUCUCAAGCAGCUGAUCUCACCGUACGUUCUGGAGCACUGAACAACACAGAUUUGAUCAACAGAGUUUUUGAGCGUCUGAAUCAAGGCGAUGCUAUGCAGAAUGUUGAGGAGUUCUUGGUGGCUCUGGCCAACAGCUCAGGGGCCCCAGAAAUCAAUCCUGUGGUGAGGGACAUCAUGAUGAAUCGGACAUUCAGCGUCAUCAGUGCUCAUUUCCCAGGCUUUUCCAGAGCUGAGUGGAGCGACUGGUUCCAGUGGAAACUUGUCCCGCUGCUCCCCAGUCUGACUGCAGAGAUGCUAACAAUCGCAACAGCAGAGGUGGACUGCGACGUUUACCAAGUGAUUGUCGAAGGGCUGGACCUGGUGUUUGAGCGAACCACUUUGAUCAGGAAGCAGGAGAUCACAGGUGUUCUGGUAGAGUACCUGAAGGGUUCUGGACAAGUCAACGGCUCAGGCUCGUCUUGCGGAUCUGGCACCAACAGCGCCGGGGCCUGGCUUAGGGCCAACUUUGGCAGAUACUCCGUCUAUGUGACUCUGGCAGAGCUGAAGUCGCUCAACGAUUAUUUCUCUAGUUUUGCAUCACUGGAACUCUUGACUCCGUCUCAAGCAGCUGAUCUCACCGUACGUUCUGGAGCACUGAACAACACAGAUUUGAUCAACAGAGUUUUUGAGCGUCUGAAUCAAGGCGAUGCUAUGCAGAAUGUUGAGGAGUUCUUGGUGGCUCUGGCCAACAGCUCAGGGGCCCCAGAAAUCAAUCCUGUGGUGAGGGACAUCAUGAUGAAUCGGACAUUCAGCGUCAUCAGUGCUCAUUUCCCAGGCUUUUCCAGAGCUGAGUGGAGCGACUGGUUCCAGUGGAAACUUGUCCCGCUGCUCCCCAGUCUGACUGCAGAGAUGCUAACAAUCGCAACAGCAGAGGUGGACUGCGACGUUUACCAAGUGAUUGUCGAAGGGCUGGACCUGGUGUUUGAGCGAACCACUUUGAUCAGGAAGCAGGAGAUCACAGGUGUUCUGGUAGAGUACCUGAAGGGUUCUGGACAAGUCAACGGCUCAGGCUCGUCUUGCGGAUCUGGCACCAACAGCGCCGGGGCCUGGCUUAGGGCCAACUUUGGCAGAUACUCCGUCUAUGUGACUCUGGCAGAGCUGAAGACGCUCAACGAUUAUUUCUCUAGUUUUGCAUCACUGGAACUCUUGACUCCGUCUCAAGCAGCUGAUCUCACCGUACGUUCUGGAGCACUGAACAACACAGAUUUGAUCAACAGAGUUUUUGAGCGUCUGAAUCAAGGCGAUGCUAUGCAGAAUGUUGAGGAGUUCUUGGUGGCUCUGGCCAACAGCUCAGGGGCCCCAGAAAUCAAUCCUGUGGUGAGGGACAUCAUGAUGAAUCGGACAUUCAGCGUCAUCAGUGCUCAUUUCCCAGGCUUUUCCAGAGCUGAGUGGAGCGACUGGUUCCAGUGGAAACUUGUCCCGCUGCUCCCCAGUCUGACUGCAGAGAUGCUAACAAUCGCAACAGCAGAGGUGGACUGCGACGUUUACCAAGUGAUUGUCGAAGGGCUGGACCUGGUGUUUGAGCGAACCACUUUGAUCAGGAAGCAGGAGAUCACAGGUGUUCUGGUAGAGUACCUGAAGGGUUCUGGACAAGUCAACGGCUCAGGCUCGUCUUGCGGAUCUGGCACCAACAGCGCCGGGGCCUGGCUUAGGGCCAACUUUGGCAGAUACUCCGUCUAUGUGACUCUGGCAGAGCUGAAGUCGCUCAACGAUUAUUUCUCUAGUUUUGCAUCACUGGAACUCUUGACUCCGUCUCAAGCAGCUGAUCUCACCGUACGUUCUGGAGCACUGAACAACACAGAUUUGAUCAACAGAGUUUUUGAGCGUCUGAAUCAAGGCGAUGCUAUGCAGAAUGUUGAGGAGUUCUUGGUGGCUCUGGCCAACAGCUCAGGGGCCCCAGAAAUCAAUCCUGUGGUGAGGGACAUCAUGAUGAAUCGGACAUUCAGCGUCAUCAGUGCUCAUUUCCCAGGCUUUUCCAGAGCUGAGUGGAGCGACUGGUUCCAGUGGAAACUUGUCCCGCUGCUCCCCAGUCUGACUGCAGAGAUGCUAACAAUCGCAACAGCAGAGGUGGACUGCGACGUUUACCAAGUGAUUGUCGAAGGGCUGGACCUGGUGUUUGAGCGAACCACUUUGAUCAGGAAGCAGGAGAUCACAGGUGUUCUGGUAGAGUACCUGAAGGGUUCUGGACAAGUCAACGGCUCAGGCUCGUCUUGCGGAUCUGGCACCAACAGCGCCGGGGCCUGGCUUAGGGCCAACUUUGGCAGAUACUCCGUCUAUGUGACUCUGGCAGAGCUGAAGUCGCUCAACGAUUAUUUCUCUAGUUUUGCAUCACUGGAACUCUUGACUCCGUCUCAAGCAGCUGAUCUCACCGUACGUUCUGGAGCACUGAACAACACAGAUUUGAUCAACAGAGUUUUUGAGCGUCUGAAUCAAGGCGAUGCUAUGCAGAAUGUUGAGGAGUUCUUGGUGGCUCUGGCCAACAGCUCAGGGGCCCCAGAAAUCAAUCCUGUGGUGAGGGACAUCAUGAUGAAUCGGACAUUCAGCGUCAUCAGUGCUCAUUUCCCAGGCUUUUCCAGAGCUGAGUGGAGCGACUGGUUCCAGUGGAAACUUGUCCCGCUGCUCCCCAGUCUGACUGCAGAGAUGCUAACAAUCGCAACAGCAGAGGUGGACUGCGACGUUUACCAAGUGAUUGUCGAAGGGCUGGACCUGGUGUUUGAGCGAACCACUUUGAUCAGGAAGCAGGAGAUCACAGGUGUUCUGGUAGAGUACCUGAAGGGUUCUGGACAAGUCAACGGCUCAGGCUCGUCUUGCGGAUCUGGCACCAACAGCGCCGGGGCCUGGCUUAGGGCCAACUUUGGCAGAUACUCCGUCUAUGUGACUCUGGCAGAGCUGAAGACGCUCAACGAUUAUUUCUCUAGUUUUGCAUCACUGGAACUCUUGACUCCGUCUCAAGCAGCUGAUCUCACCGUACGUUCUGGAGCACUGAACAACACAGAUUUGAUCAACAGAGUUUUUGAGCGUCUGAAUCAAGGCGAUGCUAUGCAGAAUGUUGAGGAGUUCUUGGUGGCUCUGGCCAACAGCUCAGGGGCCCCAGAAAUCAAUCCUGUGGUGAGGGACAUCAUGAUGAAUCGGACAUUCAGCGUCAUCAGUGCUCAUUUCCCAGGCUUUUCCAGAGCUGAGUGGAGCGACUGGUUCCAGUGGAAACUUGUCCCGCUGCUCCCCAGUCUGACUGCAGAGAUGCUAACAAUCGCAACAGCAGAGGUGGACUGCGACGUUUACCAAGUGAUUGUCGAAGGGCUGGACCUGGUGUUUGAGCGAACCACUUUGAUCAGGAAGCAGGAGAUCACAGGUGUUCUGGUAGAGUACCUGAAGGGUUCUGGACAAGUCAACGGCUCAGGCUCGUCUUGCGGAUCUGGCACCAACAGCGCCGGGGCCUGGCUUAGGGCCAACUUUGGCAGAUACUCCGUCUAUGUGACUCUGGCAGAGCUGAAGACGCUCAACGAUUAUUUCUCUAGUUUUGCAUCACUGGAACUCUUGACUCCGUCUCAAGCAGCUGAUCUCACCGUACGUUCUGGAGCACUGAACAACACAGAUUUGAUCAACAGAGUUUUUGAGCGUCUGAAUCAAGGCGAUGCUAUGCAGAAUGUUGAGGAGUUCUUGGUGGCUCUGGCCAACAGCUCAGGGGCCCCAGAAAUCAAUCCUGUGGUGAGGGACAUCAUGAUGAAUCGGACAUUCAGCGUCAUCAGUGCUCAUUUCCCAGGCUUUUCCAGAGCUGAGUGGAGCGACUGGUUCCAGUGGAAACUUGUCCCGCUGCUCCCCAGUCUGACUGCAGAGAUGCUAACAAUCGCAACAGCAGAGGUGGACUGCGACGUUUACCAAGUGAUUGUCGAAGGGCUGGACCUGGUGUUUGAGCGAACCACUUUGAUCAGGAAGCAGGAGAUCACAGGUGUUCUGGUAGAGUACCUGAAGGGUUCUGGACAAGUCAACGGCUCAGGCUCGUCUUGCGGAUCUGGCACCAACAGCGCCGGGGCCUGGCUUAGGGCCAACUUUGGCAGAUACUCCGUCUAUGUGACUCUGGCAGAGCUGAAGUCGCUCAACGAUUAUUUCUCUAGUUUUGCAUCACUGGAACUCUUGACUCCGUCUCAAGCAGCUGAUCUCACCGUACGUUCUGGAGCACUGAACAACACAGAUUUGAUCAACAGAGUUUUUGAGCGUCUGAAUCAAGGCGAUGCUAUGCAGAAUGUUGAGGAGUUCUUGGUGGCUCUGGCCAACAGCUCAGGGGCCCCAGAAAUCAAUCCUGUGGUGAGGGACAUCAUGAUGAAUCGGACAUUCAGCGUCAUCAGUGCUCAUUUCCCAGGCUUUUCCAGAGCUGAGUGGAGCGACUGGUUCCAGUGGAAACUUGUCCCGCUGCUCCCCAGUCUGACUGCAGAGAUGCUAACAAUCGCAACAGCAGAGGUGGACUGCGACGUUUACCAAGUGAUUGUCGAAGGGCUGGACCUGGUGUUUGAGCGAACCACUUUGAUCAGGAAGCAGGAGAUCACAGGUGUUCUGGUAGAGUACCUGAAGGGUUCUGGACAAGUCAACGGCUCAGGCUCGUCUUGCGGAUCUGGCACCAACAGCGCCGGGGCCUGGCUUAGGGCCAACUUUGGCAGAUACUCCGUCUAUGUGACUCUGGCAGAGCUGAAGUCGCUCAACGAUUAUUUCUCUAGUUUUGCAUCACUGGAACUCUUGACUCCGUCUCAAGCAGCUGAUCUCACCGUACGUUCUGGAGCACUGAACAACACAGAUUUGAUCAACAGAGUUUUUGAGCGUCUGAAUCAAGGCGAUGCUAUGCAGAAUGUUGAGGAGUUCUUGGUGGCUCUGGCCAACAGCUCAGGGGCCCCAGAAAUCAAUCCUGUGGUGAGGGACAUCAUGAUGAAUCGGACAUUCAGCGUCAUCAGUGCUCAUUUCCCAGGCUUUUCCAGAGCUGAGUGGAGCGACUGGUUCCAGUGGAAACUUGUCCCGCUGCUCCCCAGUCUGACUGCAGAGAUGCUAACAAUCGCAACAGCAGAGGUGGACUGCGACGUUUACCAAGUGAUUGUCGAAGGGCUGGACCUGGUGUUUGAGCGAACCACUUUGAUCAGGAAGCAGGAGAUCACAGGUGUUCUGGUAGAGUACCUGAAGGGUUCUGGACAAGUCAACGGCUCAGGCUCGUCUUGCGGAUCUGGCACCAACAGCGCCGGGGCCUGGCUUAGGGCCAACUUUGGCAGAUACUCCGUCUAUGUGACUCUGGCAGAGCUGAAGUCGCUCAACGAUUAUUUCUCUAGUUUUGCAUCACUGGAACUCUUGACUCCGUCUCAAGCAGCUGAUCUCACCGUACGUUCUGGAGCACUGAACAACACAGAUUUGAUCAACAGAGUUUUUGAGCGUCUGAAUCAAGGCGAUGCUAUGCAGAAUGUUGAGGAGUUCUUGGUGGCUCUGGCCAACAGCUCAGGGGCCCCAGAAAUCAAUCCUGUGGUGAGGGACAUCAUGAUGAAUCGGACAUUCAGCGUCAUCAGUGCUCAUUUCCCAGGCUUUUCCAGAGCUGAGUGGAGCGACUGGUUCCAGUGGAAACUUGUCCCGCUGCUCCCCAGUCUGACUGCAGAGAUGCUAACAAUCGCAACAGCAGAGGUGGACUGCGACGUUUACCAAGUGAUUGUCGAAGGGCUGGACCUGGUGUUUGAGCGAACCACUUUGAUCAGGAAGCAGGAGAUCACAGGUGUUCUGGUAGAGUACCUGAAGGGUUCUGGACAAGUCAACGGCUCAGGCUCGUCUUGCGGAUCUGGCACCAACAGCGCCGGGGCCUGGCUUAGGGCCAACUUUGGCAGAUACUCCGUCUAUGUGACUCUGGCAGAGCUGAAGACGCUCAACGAUUAUUUCUCUAGUUUUGCAUCACUGGAACUCUUGACUCCGUCUCAAGCAGCUGAUCUCACCGUACGUUCUGGAGCACUGAACAACACAGAUUUGAUCAACAGAGUUUUUGAGCGUCUGAAUCAAGGCGAUGCUAUGCAGAAUGUUGAGGAGUUCUUGGUGGCUCUGGCCAACAGCUCAGGGGCCCCAGAAAUCAAUCCUGUGGUGAGGGACAUCAUGAUGAAUCGGACAUUCAGCGUCAUCAGUGCUCAUUUCCCAGGCUUUUCCAGAGCUGAGUGGAGCGACUGGUUCCAGUGGAAACUUGUCCCGCUGCUCCCCAGUCUGACUGCAGAGAUGCUAACAAUCGCAACAGCAGAGGUGGACUGCGACGUUUACCAAGUGAUUGUCGAAGGGCUGGACCUGGUGUUUGAGCGAACCACUUUGAUCAGGAAGCAGGAGAUCACAGGUGUUCUGGUAGAGUACCUGAAGGGUUCUGGACAAGUCAACGGCUCAGGCUCGUCUUGCGGAUCUGGCACCAACAGCGCCGGGGCCUGGCUUAGGGCCAACUUUGGCAGAUACUCCGUCUAUGUGACUCUGGCAGAGCUGAAGUCGCUCAACGAUUAUUUCUCUAGUUUUGCAUCACUGGAACUCUUGACUCCGUCUCAAGCAGCUGAUCUCACCGUACGUUCUGGAGCACUGAACAACACAGAUUUGAUCAACAGAGUUUUUGAGCGUCUGAAUCAAGGCGAUGCUAUGCAGAAUGUUGAGGAGUUCUUGGUGGCUCUGGCCAACAGCUCAGGGGCCCCAGAAAUCAAUCCUGUGGUGAGGGACAUCAUGAUGAAUCGGACAUUCAGCGUCAUCAGUGCUCAUUUCCCAGGCUUUUCCAGAGCUGAGUGGAGCGACUGGUUCCAGUGGAAACUUGUCCCGCUGCUCCCCAGUCUGACUGCAGAGAUGCUAACAAUCGCAACAGCAGAGGUGGACUGCGACGUUUACCAAGUGAUUGUCGAAGGGCUGGACCUGGUGUUUGAGCGAACCACUUUGAUCAGGAAGCAGGAGAUCACAGGUGUUCUGGUAGAGUACCUGAAGGGUUCUGGACAAGUCAACGGCUCAGGCUCGUCUUGCGGAUCUGGCACCAACAGCGCCGGGGCCUGGCUUAGGGCCAACUUUGGCAGAUACUCCGUCUAUGUGACUCUGGCAGAGCUGAAGUCGCUCAACGAUUAUUUCUCUAGUUUUGCAUCACUGGAACUCUUGACUCCGUCUCAAGCAGCUGAUCUCACCGUACGUUCUGGAGCACUGAACAACACAGAUUUGAUCAACAGAGUUUUUGAGCGUCUGAAUCAAGGCGAUGCUAUGCAGAAUGUUGAGGAGUUCUUGGUGGCUCUGGCCAACAGCUCAGGGGCCCCAGAAAUCAAUCCUGUGGUGAGGGACAUCAUGAUGAAUCGGACAUUCAGCGUCAUCAGUGCUCAUUUCCCAGGCUUUUCCAGAGCUGAGUGGAGCGACUGGUUCCAGUGGAAACUUGUCCCGCUGCUCCCCAGUCUGACUGCAGAGAUGCUAACAAUCGCAACAGCAGAGGUGGACUGCGACGUUUACCAAGUGAUUGUCGAAGGGCUGGACCUGGUGUUUGAGCGAACCACUUUGAUCAGGAAGCAGGAGAUCACAGGUGUUCUGGUAGAGUACCUGAAGGGUUCUGGACAAGUCAACGGCUCAGGCUCGUCUUGCGGAUCUGGCACCAACAGCGCCGGGGCCUGGCUUAGGGCCAACUUUGGCAGAUACUCCGUCUAUGUGACUCUGGCAGAGCUGAAGACGCUCAACGAUUAUUUCUCUAGUUUUGCAUCACUGGAACUCUUGACUCCGUCUCAAGCAGCUGAUCUCACCGUACGUUCUGGAGCACUGAACAACACAGAUUUGAUCAACAGAGUUUUUGAGCGUCUGAAUCAAGGCGAUGCUAUGCAGAAUGUUGAGGAGUUCUUGGUGGCUCUGGCCAACAGCUCAGGGGCCCCAGAAAUCAAUCCUGUGGUGAGGGACAUCAUGAUGAAUCGGACAUUCAGCGUCAUCAGUGCUCAUUUCCCAGGCUUUUCCAGAGCUGAGUGGAGCGACUGGUUCCAGUGGAAACUUGUCCCGCUGCUCCCCAGUCUGACUGCAGAGAUGCUAACAAUCGCAACAGCAGAGGUGGACUGCGACGUUUACCAAGUGAUUGUCGAAGGGCUGGACCUGGUGUUUGAGCGAACCACUUUGAUCAGGAAGCAGGAGAUCACAGGUGUUCUGGUAGAGUACCUGAAGGGUUCUGGACAAGUCAACGGCUCAGGCUCGUCUUGCGGAUCUGGCACCAACAGCGCCGGGGCCUGGCUUAGGGCCAACUUUGGCAGAUACUCCGUCUAUGUGACUCUGGCAGAGCUGAAGUCGCUCAACGAUUAUUUCUCUAGUUUUGCAUCACUGGAACUCUUGACUCCGUCUCAAGCAGCUGAUCUCACCGUACGUUCUGGAGCACUGAACAACACAGAUUUGAUCAACAGAGUUUUUGAGCGUCUGAAUCAAGGCGAUGCUAUGCAGAAUGUUGAGGAGUUCUUGGUGGCUCUGGCCAACAGCUCAGGGGCCCCAGAAAUCAAUCCUGUGGUGAGGGACAUCAUGAUGAAUCGGACAUUCAGCGUCAUCAGUGCUCAUUUCCCAGGCUUUUCCAGAGCUGAGUGGAGCGACUGGUUCCAGUGGAAACUUGUCCCGCUGCUCCCCAGUCUGACUGCAGAGAUGCUAACAAUCGCAACAGCAGAGGUGGACUGCGACGUUUACCAAGUGAUUGUCGAAGGGCUGGACCUGGUGUUUGAGCGAACCACUUUGAUCAGGAAGCAGGAGAUCACAGGUGUUCUGGUAGAGUACCUGAAGGGUUCUGGACAAGUCAACGGCUCAGGCUCGUCUUGCGGAUCUGGCACCAACAGCGCCGGGGCCUGGCUUAGGGCCAACUUUGGCAGAUACUCCGUCUAUGUGACUCUGGCAGAGCUGAAGUCGCUCAACGAUUAUUUCUCUAGUUUUGCAUCACUGGAACUCUUGACUCCGUCUCAAGCAGCUGAUCUCACCGUACGUUCUGGAGCACUGAACAACACAGAUUUGAUCAACAGAGUUUUUGAGCGUCUGAAUCAAGGCGAUGCUAUGCAGAAUGUUGAGGAGUUCUUGGUGGCUCUGGCCAACAGCUCACGGGCCCCAGAAAUCAAUCCUGUGGUGAGGGACAUCAUGAUGAAUCGGACAUUCAGCGUCAUCAGUGCUCAUUUCCCAGGCUUUUCCAGAGCUGAGUGGAGCGACUGGUUCCAGUGGAAACUUGUCCCGCUGCUCCCCAGUCUGACUGCAGAGAUGCUAACAAUCGCAACAGCAGAGGUGGACUGCGACGUUUACCAAGUGAUUGUCGAAGGGCUGGACCUGGUGUUUGAGCGAACCACUUUGAUCAGGAAGCAGGAGAUUACAGGUGUUCUGGUAGAGUACCUGAAGGGUUCUGGACAAGUCAACGGCUCAGACUCAUCUUGUGGUUCUGGCUCCAUGAAUACCAGCAGUUGGCUUGAUGUUAACUUUGGAAAAUACUCUAUUUACGUCACUUUGGAAGAUCUACAUGUGCUCCACCAUGGUUUCGCUAAUUUUGUUUCACGCUCGCCAAUACCCUCAGGUCAGAGUUCUACAGCUAUUAAACCGGUAUCCUCAGAGAAGGCUAUGGGCAUCACACCACACUGUACUGACUGA